UUUUGCAGCAGCAACCGACAAUUAUAAUCUCAUUGACUUGUGGAUAUCAUAUUAUUUAUUUAUCUAUUUUCAAGUCUCUUUCCGCCCUCAGUUUCUGCAUUAUUCCCUAACAGCCGGUCGGCCCUCCAGGCUUUCAACAGGUAGGCUCCAACUCCAUCUGAUGGCUCUUAGUCCUAUCAACUACAGUCCUCCCUUAAGUGAUUUAGUUAGCUAAUUAAUUACCAGGUGCAGAUUUAUUUAAGUAAAGCUGUUAGCAGGCUGAUUAAAGCCCCAACAAUCAGUUUAUCUAAUAAACCAUUUGCACACACACAAAAGUGAGCCCCAGCCAGCAGCCGCAGCAGCAGCAGCAGUUUGCCGCAGGGGCCAAACGUCGCCCUGUUGGUGGUCCACUGGAAGGCCAUUGGUCGAUGGGGACAGGCCAUUUGCAUAGACCGGGGCUUAUAGACCCACAGCAAAGUCAGAGUUUGACACAGUUGUGAAUCGAGCUGACACAACACGUUGCCGUGUAAACUCCUCGCCAUGGGAUUUUGCACUUCUGCAGGAGUUGCUGGACUGUGCGUUACGCUGCUCGCUUUACUGCACGCCGCUCGGUGCACAACCACGAGGUACGUCACCUACGAGGAGGACGCACCCGGGACGGAGAUUGGGAAUUUGUCCCAGGAUUUAAAGAUCGAUCCGGCCGAUGACCCCGACACCUCGUUCCGCUUCAUGCAGGAAAACAACUCCUCCGUGAUUGAGAUGAGGGAGACCGACGGGCUGCUGAGCGUCGCGGAGCCCAUCGACCGGGAGCAGCUGUGCCCCAGGUCCCCGCGCUGCUUCGUCAGCUUCGACAUCGUGGCCCACUCCAAGGAGAAGUUCCAGCUCAUCCACGUGGAGAUCGAGGUGAGGGACAUCAACGACCACUCUCCCCACUUCGCGCGCAACGAGACGAGUUUGGAGAUCGUGGAGAACCUCCCGCUGGACUCCAGGUUCCCGCUGCAGAUCGCCCUCGACCAGGACGUGGGGGAGAACUACAUCCAGAGCUACAACAUCUCCCCGUCCGCUCACUUCGCCGUGGAGGUGCGCGACCGGGAGGACGGGGUGAAGUUUGCGGAGCUGGUGCUGGUGAGGGAGCUGGACAGGGAGGUGGAGGACGCCUACACCAUCGAGGUGACAGCGACCGACGGGGGGGGAAAGUCCGGCUCGAUGCUGGUAAACAUCAGGGUGCUGGACUUUAACGACAACAGCCCGACGUUCGAGCACAGCGCCCUGAAAGUUGAGCUGAACGAGGACUCCCCCGUGGGUCACAGGGUGCUCAGGGUGCACGCGUUUGACCCGGAUGACGGCGUCAACGGCGAGGUGGUGUACGCGUUCGCGGACGGGCUCUCCCCGGACGUCGCACGCCUCUUCCACAUCGACCCGUAUUCCGGGGACGUGACCUUGAAGGCGCUGGUGGACUUUGAGAAAAGGAGGUCGUACGAGCUGAGCGUCAAAGCGUCGGACCUGGGCGCCAACUCCGUCCCGUCCGGCUGCAAAGUUGUGAUAGACGUGGUGGACGUGAACGACAACGCGCCGGAGAUCAGCAUCAAGCCGAUGACCUCCAGCAGCGACGGGGUCGCCUACAUCACGGAGGCUGCGGCCGCGGAGAGCUUCGUGGCUCUGAUCAGCACCUCGGACAGAGACUCGGGCUCCAACGGGUACGUGCGCGUCAGCCUGCUCGGGCACGAGCACUUCACCCUGCAGCAAGCCUAUGGCGACUCUUUCAUGAUUAUAACCAGCACCGCUUUAGACAGAGAGAGGAUCCCUGAGUAUAACCUCACAGUGGUGGCUGAAGAUUUGGGAGCCCCCCCUUUUAAAACAGUCAGGCAGUACACCAUCCGUGUGACGGAUGAGAACGACAACCCCCCGCUCUUCAGCAAGCCCCUGUAUGAAGUUUCAGUGCUGGAGAAUAAUAUACCGGGCUCAUAUGUCACCACUGUUGUGGCCCGAGACCCAGAUGUGGGGAAAAAUGCCAAAGUUUCUUAUAAAGUCAUAGACUCAGAGGUGCCAGGGGGGUCUCCGGUGUCCACUUAUGUCUCCGUGGAUUCACUCUCAGGCUCUCUGUACACUUUGAGGUCUUUUGACUACGAGACCCUGCAGCACAUCGACCUGGUGAUCCAGGCUGAAGACAGAGGCUCCCCCUCCCUCUCAAGCACCUCCACCAUCAGGAUCAGAGUCGUGGAUCAGAAUGACAACUGUCCCUACUUCACCUUCCCCGUCCUGGUCAACGACUCCGCUGACAUCCCCCUGCCUUUCAACGCGCCUGCUGGCUACCUGGCCCUGAGAGUCUCGGCCGAGGACGAGGACGAGGGAUUGAACGCCGAGCUCUCCUAUCAAAUCGUGCAGGGCGACCCCAUGAUCUUCGCGAUCAACAAAGACACGGGAGAGAUCGCCGUGAAACAAAAGCUGACGGCUGAAAUUGGCGACGUGCUGGAAAUGAAAAUCGCCGUGAGUGACAGUGGCAGGUCCCCGCUCUCCAGCAGUGCCACCGUUAGGUUUGUGAUCACAGAGACGGAGCCGUCUGAGGACCAGGUCGUCAUUGUGCUGCGGUCGAGCGAGGAGGGAGGCUCGGGCCUGGAUGGCUCGCUAAUUGUCAUCAUCAUGCUCGGAGGGGGGUGCGCGUUGUUGCUGAUUGCAAUCGUGGUGGUUGUCGUCACAUGCAAGCUCAGCCGCGGGGGGAGAAGCCGUGGCUCCAAGAGGGACGUGUGCCACAGCCUGUUCGACAGCGGGCCCGUGGCCAUGCUGGGCUCAACAGAACCCAACAUAUACACCGGCCAGAGAGGCUUCUUCCACCAGAGAACCUCCUCCUUGGAUGACUCCUGCCUGUACGAGGAGAGGAGCGGGGACUCUGAGGCAAAGAUGUUCCUGCCCUCGAAGCAUUUCCAAGCAACAUCUGUGUGGCAAGGCGACAAAUACUGCUUGCAAGUGAGUGGCAUUGGGAACACUGACCAGCUGAGCGUGAAGGACAGUGGCAAAGGGGACAGCGACUUCAACGACAGCGACUCUGAUGUCAGCGGCGACGGAGGCAAGAGGAGUUUUACGACCUUCCACCCGAGGCUAAAGAGUUCAUCCAGCACCGCUAACAGCUUAUCUUCGGACUGCCAGGCCACCUACUGUGCGGUGGCACCGCAGAGCUUCAGGGCCCCCAGAGAUAAUGCGUACACAAUAGGCUUCUCCCCAGCGCCGGUCUUCAGCAGUCCUCAUGGGUAUCACCACUCCUGGAAGGAUUCUGGCUACGGCACCAAUCGCCCGAAAUCAAGGAGCGGCAUGCAGAGCUUCUCCAGGACGGGCACCCUCCCUUCUUACUUCCCCCAGCAGCAGCGUGAGGCUGCUGUUGGAGGAGCCGAGAUCCACAAGCAGAGUCCCAAUAUUGUAACUGUGGCCACGGCAUUAGAGGUCGCGACCAUGUUUUAGGAAAGGAUAUCACACGAAAUGGUGAUUCCUAGAUGUUUAAAGGGGCACUAUGUAGUUUUGGAGAGGAAAUUCAAACUCAGAAUUUUAAUAUUUACAAUUUAAAUGAGUUGAUGAUACAAACUCGGUGAUAUUUAUUUACUCCAUAACUGAAUAAACAAGCUGUUCUCAGAGGAAAAUAAGAUCCCAAGGACACUGUUUGAGGCUAGCAAGGUGGCAGGGGCCGCCACAUAUAAACAAAGUAAAACAGUAUGAAACUGUGUCAUC